GUUCUGCGGAGACUUUGAAUGAUGGCACUGCAACAGCUUCGAAUGAUGGUUGGAGAAGUUCCAUAAGAACUCUUAGUGGAAGUAGGACUAUAGAACAGCAGGUAGAGCAGAACGCCAGGAAAGGAACGAAUCAUGGCUGUAGCUCUGCCAUCUUUAGUACAACAGAAAAGAACCUCGCAGAGCAGCACUCACG